AAAACGGGUAGAUGUGUAAAUACAACACAUCCAGAGAGCCACGAAUCCACCACAGUAUGUGAAGUUAGAGCAUGGUGUCCAGUAGAAGUCGAUGUAAGACCUCUACGGAGAAGAGCAAUUUUAGAAGAAGCUGAAAAUUUCACAGUUCUAAUCAAGAAUUCUAUAUCGUUUCCUAAAUUCAGAUUUGUCAAGAGAAAUAUUUUAGAUACCACGGACCCAAUGUAUCUAAGAUCGUGUCGAUACAGUCGGCUCAGUGAUCCUUUAUGCCCUAUAUUCAGAUUAGGAACUAUUGUGUCAGAAACAGGACAAAGCUUUAGACAAAUGGCUAUUAAGGGCGGGGUAAUAACGAUCGACAUUCAAUGGAACUGCAAUUUAGAUAUGUCCUAUAACCUCUGUUUGCCAAAAUAUCGCUUCAUACGGGCGGACGAACAAGAUGCAAAGAUAGCCGGCGGCUUUAAUUUCAGCUACUUCGACACACCACUCAGAGUAGGAUUUGGGAAAUUCUACAGAAUCAACAACACGGAGUACCGAGACUUGACCAAGGCCUAUGGCAUCCUCUUCCAAGUCAAGAUCACCGGGGUCGCCGGCAAGUUCGACAUCGUACCGCUCAUGUUAAACUUUGCAUCGGGCGUUGCUCUCCUCUCAUUGAAUUAUGUAACGGGAAUGGCGUGA